UCGAACGUGAAAAAGGUGAAGAGUUAUUCCCGAAAUCAUUUCCGGUUUUAGAAAAUUUUAAGAAAUUUUGUUUCUUUUUUGAUGAAAUUUGUGAAACGAAAUGUUUUAAUUGGGAACGGCAUCAAUUAAAACAGCAGGACAAUAAGGGUUUCUGUUCCGUGAUAGGAACAACCAACUCACCAUCUAAACUCUUUGGCUUUACUUUGAUUUGAUCAAAUCUCGUUCUGUCCACAAAACAAGUCUUUGCCAUAAAAAUAAAUAUAAAUAUAUAAAUAUAAUAUAAUAUUAUAUAAAUACAUAAUAUAAAUAUAAUAAUAUAUAAACCAUGAAUAUCAAUGUUAAAAUAUUGAAAGGUCGAGAAUGUACAGUGAAGAUUUCUCCCUCAGACUCCAUACAGAAACUGAAAGAGUUGAUAGCUGUACAGAUGGAUAUACCUGUCGGACAACAAAAGUUGGUUUAUCAAGGCAAAAAUCUAUCGGAUGAGAAAACCAUCAAUUCCUAUCAGAUUCCUGAAAAUGGAAAAGUGUUUUUGGUAACAAAGAAAUCUGAUGAAACACCAAGUCCCAGCUCAACUGCACAGUCGUCGCACUUCUACGAUAAACUGCGUCUUUUCCUCUGUCGACAUUUCACUGAUUCAGAUGCUGACUUAGUUUUGACGGAAUUCAAAAAGGAUUUCGAGAACCGACUGAACAGUCUCAGCUUAGAUGACAUUGAACGCCUGGCAACCAUCAAGUUAUUUCAAGCGAAAAAGUUAAAUUCUUCGUAGCACACAUCUCAUUGAACCU